AUGGUGCCAGGACCGGAAUCCAUGGGCGCUCCCACUAGCCUCACGCAAAGAAGACCAAAUGCCUCCAACUUGCCGCAAUUCGAGCUGCCGCCGCCACACCUGUCCGUCCUCAAUCAGAAGUACCCCAGCUAUGGAACUACGCAGCCUCCUCCCGCGACGAACUUGACAAGUGUUGGCAACUUACUCACGCCCCCUAGCAACGGAUCAACCGACGGCAUCAGUCCCUCGGCUGGUGUGACGACGGGACCAUCUCUUCCGGGUGUGUCGCAACCUUUCUCGCCUAGCAGUAACGGUGGCAUGUUUCCCCCACCCACUACAUCGAGUGCAGGAUCUUACGGCUAUCACUCCGGACUCACUCCGAGCUCAUUCGGGUCCGGACGGCCGAUCUUCUCACCCUCCCUCAACUCAUUAGUACGCGGCAACAGCUCGCCCACAGCAGGCGAGGGUUUGCCUCCUCCGCCGUACGAGUUACCGCACUACCAGACGACGAUGUCCAUGUCCGCGCCACCGCUGCAGACACUGCCUGCGCAAUCGCACAUGGUGGGGAAUGGCAUGAUGGGCGGACAGACACCAGUAUCCGCGUCAGUAACUCAACCUUCACCAGUGAGCGCACACGAAGCAUUCUCGCGCCCACCUCCUACGCCCACAUACUACAGCGGUUCGCAAUCGGCUUCAACGCCUCAACAGCCCACCUUUCCCUACCAAACUGGACCGUCGCCUGUCCAACAAAGUCCGAUGAGCGCGCCUGGUCCGAUGCCGAAGAUGUCACCCGUCAAUGGCGCCAAUCCCUCACAACCUCCAUCGACAUAUCACCGACCGUACUCAUACCCCAUGGCCGGUCCGGUGCUGUCCAACGUCAGCAACCCAGGCGGACAACUUGCGCUCGUCGGUGCGAUGCCUCACGGCAUGAUCCCGGGCUUCAACAGCGGCCACGCAGCCCAGAUGCACCAACUCUACAACCACCAGCACCCGCAAUCGAACGCGCAAAACGAUCGCCCGUUCCGAUGCGAUCAAUGUCCGCAGAGCUUCAACCGGAACCACGACCUGAAGAGGCACAAGCGGAUUCAUCUUGCGGUGAAGCCCUUCCCGUGCGGGCAUUGCGAGAAGAGCUUCUCAAGAAAGGACGCGCUGAAGAGGCACGUGCUAGUCAAAGGCUGCGGCAAAGCCGACGCGCCCGGCGGCGGCAAAGAGUCCAACGGCUCCGUCUCGCCGGAGCUGAAGAGCGAAAGCGCAAGCACCAGCCCCAUGGUCACCGCGUCCGCUUGA